AGGUGGAUCGUGGAUAGUUGACUAAAUAUGGUGGACAGUCCCGAAAGGGCUCCACCCAGCACACUUCGCCCUUCAGCAAGAGGAAAAUAUUCCAGUCAUAUGAUAUCACCAAACUAUAUAAUAGCUCCCAGCCGAAGUUCCUCCCAAUUCAUCAUGAAUUUGACCCCUUUCCCCCCCGCUGAGAGCAGGCUUCUAAUUGACCACCGGAGAACCCAUCGUGAUCCACAACUGGCCUACAUUCCCUCAGUCUGCUCGAGUAUCCGUGCAGGCAAAUGCAGUACCUCGGAGCUGCAGGCCAUAACCUCUCAGAGCACAGUGUAUCCUCGGCAUUCGGCGCACACCACGAACCGCAUGCCGCAGAUCGCGUACGGCCACUCGCGGAGAAAACAAUAACUGUGUUGCGGGUUAAGUGUGCGAAGCGAGAUAUCGAGGGGAGAGAGGGUAGGGAGUGUGGUUUUUCUAUGUCCUACCCUCGUUAUAUGUGCCAUAGGCAACCGUACUUAUACCCACGGAAGGCCGUGCAUAUACUGUGAUAUGAGUCCCCGAUGUUCCAAGCUGAGCGUUCUUUCAUCACGCUGAAGCAACACUUUGGACAGAUUACGGUUCCGGGAUGCUCAAAGCGGUUCCGGGGGGGGGAUGCCUGAGUGGGUGAGCCCAUCGACUGGAAGGGUUCGGGUCGCAAAGAUUUAUCGACGGAUCCCCAAGGGCCGGAGUCGGACCGGAUGUGCUUCGUGUGCUCCGGAUAAUGCGCUCCAGUAUGGUGGAGGGACUCUCGUUGGAAAAAUGGAUGAUCGGGGUGGAGUGAUCCGAAAGGGAUGACCGGUGUCGUCGAGCUCGAGAAGACGGGCGACUCGUAGAGAUCGUAAGAAUAUCCGAUAACCCCACGAAGCGACCGAGCUUUGUGACGACAAACCUCCUCAAACGCCCUGUCAUAUCCCCCGGGUCCAUAUCAUCGCAUUAUCAUACAUCCCAUGAUCAGCAUCACCCGACGAGUACGGUGUCCCAUCAACCUCCGCGUGCACGGAAAGAGUAUCUCUCCCCGAAAUCCGGAACCUCCUCGGUUAAACUGCUGCCCAUUACAUGCACAAGCCUUCCCUUGCGGGAAAAGUCGCACAAACCCAAUGCAUUUCCCCGCGUUGCGGGGUCGUGGGGGCCCCCCAUCGCCCUACUACAAGUAACUUACCAACUCCCACACGUAAAUUCCAGCAUAACCAGCAAUUCGCAAUGGCAACAAUCUACCGCCCAAACGACGCUUCGCUUUCACCGCUAUCCUCAAAGACGAUAUUGUUCGCGGGAUACGGAAACCAAGCGCGCUCCCAGGCGCUCAAUCUCCGCGAUACGUUCGCCUCGAGCCCCGACGUUUCCCCUCCUAGGAUACUGAUCGCUAAUCGUGCGGAUUCGUAUCACGAGACUGCGAUCGCAGAUGGGUUUUCCGUGACUGGAUUCGCGGAGGGGGCGAAGGAGGCGGAUGUGGUGUUCUUGCUAGUGCCGGAUCAGGUUGCACCCGCACUGUACAAUUCUGAGAUAGGGCCCAACUUGAGGGCGGGUGCGUUGGUCGUGGUAGCCAGUGGGUUCAACGUGUUUUACAAGAGGUUGGAGAUUCAGGAUAUUGAUGUCGGCAUGGUCGCGCCGAGGAUGAUUGGUGCGGGGGUUAGGAGCAGGUUUCUGGAGGGGGGAGGAUUUCCGUGCUUUGUUUCUGUUGAGAAUGUUUGUGUUUCCUUCCUUCUUGCACAUAGCUUUGAAACGGUGGGGCUGAUGGAGGGGAUGGUAUAGAAUUCUAGUGGAAGGGCGCUGGAGAUGGUCCUGUCCCUCGCUUUGGGCAUAGGGGGACUAACGGCCGGUGCUGUCGAGUGUUCCGCUCGCGACGAGACGCUCAUGGACCUAUUCGCCGAGCAAGCAAUCUGGCCGAGUAUUAUCGUCGCGUUUAGAGAGGCGUAUUCAACUGUUCUCCUCCACCCCCCUCCACCUUCACCUCCGGCUUCUGCUGAUCAUCAUAGUUGAAAAAACUCGGCUGCUCGGACGAAGCCCUCGUUCACGAAUUGUGGCUGAGCAAAGAGCCCGCAGAGGUAUUCGAUAAAUGUGCGGAAGACGGCUUCACCUCGCAACUAAAAUACCACAGCACCGUCAGCCAGUACGGCCAACUCAGCACCAGUCUGGGCAUGGAUGUCACCAAACUGCAAGAAUUCUUCAAGAAGGUUGCUGGUAGGUUGAGCGCCAGACCGGCAGUGGGCCGACUUUUGGCGGCGGUGGCUUACGGGUACUGGCAUUAAUUUAGAAAAGCGAAUUCUGGGCGGUGAGUUUACGAAGGAGUUUACCGACAUUGACAACGAGGGGGGCGGAAACGGGUUCGUUUUUGCUUCUUUCCCUUCCACGCGCGAUGUUAUAUUUUGGCCAAAAGCACGCUUCUAACAAAUUUUCGUCACGAAUAGGAUAGAGAAAAAGCUCGAAGAGUUGUACGCCGCAGCGUCGACGUCGGAGUUGGCGGCGGGCGAGAAAAGGGUCAGGGAGAGAAUGGGAUUGGACAAGGUUUGAUUACCGGUAAACCUUGAUCUUGGCCGUCAGGCCGAGUUAAUUCCCGAGCAAAUUUCAUGAGUCAACAAAUUCAAUGCCAUCCAUCCAU